AUGGCCACGACAAUGACGGUUAAUACUGCCAACAUGUUGGCUCUACACUUUCGUCGGCGACUGCACCAAUACGUUAGAUUUCGGUACGCGAAGGAAGGGAAGAUUCAACUGAGCUACAACAAAACCAAGAAACUUGUUGAUAGCUGCUAUCAUGUCCAAGAAGUUCAGGGGUUUGACACAAAUGGCAAUCCAACAGCUACUACAAAACGUGGGGUGCUUGGGAUAAGUGGCGGACUCCAGAAGAGCGUGAGUUACGUGAGUUGCUCGAUUUUCAACGUAACCGAGUUGGAGACCAGAACCCGCAAGUUCGGUAACCAAGUCACGACGGAUGGCUAUGCAGCUUCGGUACUACUCCAGCGCGAAAUGCAUACCACAGAACCCACAGACACCAAAACGACUCCAAGGAAAAGGAGGAAGACUAGCGAAAGUCGAGUAACAAAUGUUGUGGAGAAAGAUACCUUGGAUUUGGCACUUGACGAGUUACCAGAUGGCUACACUCCAGACAUUUUCAUUGGGAUCGAUCCUGGUGUUCGAUGUUAG